AACCGACUUCAAGGAAACUAAAAAAAAAAAAAGGACUAAACAGAAUGGUGGCAACAACAGACUGCGAGGAAAAGUCAAAACCCAUUGCUGGACACAAGGUAUCCAAACCACUCAUGGAGAAGAAACGAAGAGCUCGCAUUAACAAGUCUUUGGACCAGUUAAAAUCUCUCCUGGAGAGCUACUACAGUAGCAAUAUUCGAAAGCGCAAACUGGAAAAGGCCGACAUCUUGGAGCUCACUGUGAAACAUCUGAGGAACCUCCAAAAGAUCCAGAGCUGUACCGCCACUGUUUCUGAGUUUUCCGAUCACCAAACUGGCUUCCGUAGUUGUUUGGCAAACUUCAACCAGUACUUGGCCAUGGCAGACACCUUGAACGGGGGCGACCGCUGGAUGUUAUCGCAGCUCUCCAGUAAACUCAGUCGCUCUCUGGGACGAGGGGAAGUCUCCAGCACCAUGGAGAGCGGCCUGGGCCAAGCAGAGAUCCCACAGGACGGGGCGCGGAGGCUUCUUCCACCGCCGGCGGGACCUGAGGAGGGAAAAACGGCCAGAUCUAAUGUACUGAAACCCCACAGCGCAAGCACGUCUCGUUUUCUACCGAGUGAAGGUGCGCGGCAGUCACCUGGAACCAAACAGGCAGCCAUUGCUGUGGCGCCCACACAAAACAGACAUGAAAAAAGCUCCGGUCACAAGAAGUGUUACUCUGUCAGUCACAGAAAUGAAGCUGCAAACACUCAACACAACGUCUGGCGGCCGUGGUAG